AUGGCCACCACGCUUGUCACUGUGAAGCCUGGGGAGAUUCAGUUCCCCAUCAGACCCUCUCAGCCUGUUACAACCAUACUGAGGCUUGACAACAACAAUAACAAGAAGUACAGUGUCGCGUAUAAAAUCAAAACGACGGCUCCUCGCAAGUACCUUGUCCGUCCUUCAAGUGGUCUGCUGAGCCCAGGCGAGUCAGCUGACAUUCAGAUCAUACUACAACCCCAGACGGGGGACUCUUCUAUCGAUCAACACGAUCGCUUCCUCAUCCAGACUGCUGUUUCCAAGUCCGGCAGACCCCUUGACCGCGAGGACUGGAGCAAGCUCAGUAAAGACGACAUAGAGGAACAGAAGAUACGUGUCACGUUCAAGGCCUCGACUUCUGGUGGUGACACUAAUACGACUGAGGACUCUACUGAGACUAAAGACGACCUGCGUGCUAAGUAUGAUGAGCUCAUCCAGUACACUCUUAGUGUGGAGAAGGAUAAGAAGAGAUUAGAACAGGAGAUCGAGACUGUAAAGCAAUCGAGCUCAGCAUCGGCUAACUCGAGUGGAUUUUCGACGAAGGCUCUUCUGACGAGCAUUACUGUUGCUAUCAUCGUGGCUAGAAUCGCUCCUUUCUUCGGCUACUGA